AUGGAUGAAAACACAGAAACUUUCAAAGAACAAUUAUCAAAUAGUGUAGACUGCUCAGCUAAAACCAUAAAUGCCCCAGUAGUGGGUCAACUAUUUGGCAGUUGGGAAGAAUUAGACUAA